UAAAUAAUUAUUAUUUAGAGAGAGCUGUCUGUUAGUCGAUCUGGACGUGACCCCAAUUGAGGACGUAUAUGAAAUAGCCCGAUUGAUCACUCACGAACUAGCUCAUCCUUGGUUUGGUGAUCUCGUUACCAUGAAAUGGUGGACCGGCCUUUGGUUGAAUGAAGGAUUUGCCGAGUAUGCAGGACUCCGUGGAUUGGAUUUCCUGUUCCCCGAAUCAAAGUAUUUCCAAGUCAAAAACGUUAAAAAUUUUUUACUCGUUUUGGAUCAAGAUUCGCUUCAAUCAGCACAUCCGUUGGCGGUAGCUAUAGGAAAGCCCGAUGAAAUAGCGCCAAUUUCGGCGGACCCAAUAACGUUCGCAAAGGGACCAAUUUUGUUGCACAUGAUGAACACGUUCCUAGGCGAGAACACGUUCAAACAAAGCGUUAGAAACUACAUACACAAAUACAAAUUUUCCAACGCCGAACAGGAUGACUUGUGGUGCUCAUUGACGGAGGAAGCACACCGACAAGGAACUUUGGACAAAAUCUAACCGUAAAACAAUAAUGGACACAUGGACGUUGCAAACCGGUUAUCCCGUAUUGAAUGUCAUCCGAGAUUAUUC